GCCUGCUGAAGGCCUCGGAGAUUUAUUUGCUCAAGCUAGACAUCGAAGGCUUAGAGCCUGCUGUGCUCAGGUCGGUUGCAUCAGGGCAUCCGGCAGUCAAGUUUGUCAGCUUUGAGUAUGCCUCCAACGUCUGGAAGGAGAAGCUUUCCCAAGUUAUCGAGGACCUGUUUCGUGCCCAGUACUUCUGUUUCUUGAUCACGUCAGAAGAACUCUUCCCAGUAUCUGGUCCAUUUUGGAGCAAUGCGUUUGAGAUUCCAAUGUGGAGCAAUUUCUUCUGCGGCCGCAAUGGCGAUCCAGACUUGGAGGUGCUAGUGCAACUGCAUGCGGGAGCCAUUGGGAUCUGGCCCCGAAUGCCUCGAACCUAUUUGGCAGGCUUCGCUGGUGGCGACCAACGCUUUGGGGGCCUCCUUGAGGCACAGCAUGCUUGUACAGAUUUGGGUGGGGUCUGUGCUGGAGUGACGUGUGAGCGCCCGGCUAGCGGCGUGGCGGGGGAAGAGCCAGGUGGGUGUUCGACGCGCCUGGGAAUUGGAGGGCUCAAGAGAUCGCCAUCUGAGGAGGUUACCUACCUGAAAAGCUUAGCGCACGCCAAUCUGUAUCUCAGGUACCGGCAAGAAGCCAAAGAAUCAUCGAUGCCUGCAGGAUAA